AUGUUGUUUCACAUUGCAGCCGCGGCAGUGCUAACGAAUAUCGCGUUUUUAGAAAUCUACACGUUAUAUGAUCUACCGAAAAUCGAAGAUAUUUCAUUUCUAUCGGACAAGCAUUUAACCAGUAGUGCCAUCUAAAAAUACUCAAACUUGGCGUACAUUGUUACCGACAACAAGAAUCCUCUACAGCGAGUGUUCGUGUAUGGAACACUAAAACGAGGAGAACCCAAUCACUGUUUGAUUCAAGACACUGAAAAUGGUUAUGCAAAAUUCUUGGGACUUGGAAGGACUACUAUUCCAUAUCCGUUAAUAAUUGCAACUGAUUAUAAUAUACCAUUUUUGUUGAAGAAACCUGGUUUUGGUCACCAUGUUUUCGGUGAAGUAUACGAUGUCGAUUCAAAAAUGUUAAAAAAAUUAGACGAACUAGAAGAACAUCCAGCUUUUUAUAAACGAUCCGAAGAAAAUAUAUUGUUUGCUCCAGAAUCUAAAGUCAAAUCGAUGGAUAAGUUUGAAGAGGUCAGUGCCUUGAUAAAGGUAUGGAUAUAUUUUCUACCAAAGUUCAAGAUAUCCUUAUUAGAAAAACCCAUGUACAGUUCGUACAGUAACGAAGGAAGCCACGGACUCAAGUAUUGCGAAAAGUAUGUUCGCGAUGCCUCGUACAAUCAUAGAAGUGAAGUUCAGUGAUAUUUUAUCCUCUGAAAUAUAUUUGUUUCCAGCGAGGAGAGUACAAUAAGGCCGGAAGACCUGUUCUAACCAAGUUUUGCAUAUGUUGUUGCUACUUCGUUAUAAAAAUUCAACAUUAUGCUGUUAAUUCUGAUUAGUUAAUAAAAGAUUUUUCGUUAAAUGAAAA